AGACUUAGAAUCGACCACAUGGCCAACGAGAGCUCUCUCUAAAACUAAAAACAGAGCCAAGAUUCAAAAACCCCGAAUUUUCCCCAGAAACCUCAGCUCUUCUUAAAACCCCAAUCCCAAAAACCCUAAUCUGGGUUCCAGACAAGUGAGCGAGUGGCAAUGACGAAGGUGUACGGAACAGGGCCGUACGAUUUCAAGCGCCACCAUGUCGCCGAGUACCCGUUCGAGUACCCGGUCGAGGCCAAGCCCGGUUCGGCGCUUCCUAGCUCGAUAACGCUGUUGGAUAUUCAGCGGGACCGGCUCACGAUGAUUGCCGCCGAUAAUUGGUCCAAAACCCUUGACGCCUCGCAGCCCAAGAAGCCCUUCGACCCGGAGCUAGUGAAUGAGAUUUAUCGGACGGAGUUGUCAGUUGGAGAGGGUCAGAGAAGGGCCGUCCCGUCACAGAGGGUGAUGAUUUUGGAGGUCAGUCAGUACUUGGAGAACUAUCUAUGGCCAAAUUUCGACCCCGAAACCGCAACCUUCGAGCACGUUAUGUCCAUGAUUCUCAUUGUCAAUGAGAAGUUUCGAGAGAAUGUGGCAGCUUGGACGUGCUUUUAUGACCGGAAAGAUGUGUUCAAAGGAUUCCUUGAGAGGGUUCUUCGGCUUAAAUCGGGAAGAGAGUUAAGCAUAGCUGAAAAGACAAAUUAUUUAGUUUUCAUGAUUAAUGCCUUUCAGAGUUUGGAAGAUGAGAUCGUGAGCGAUACUGUCCUUAGUUUAGCGAGUUUGCAAUCUUGGCACAGUUUGUCGUACGGUCGUUUUCAGAUGGAACUUUGUUUUAACCCUGAUUUGAUCAGGAAAUGGAAAAGGAUGAUAAAGAGGGAGGCCAAAGAGGCUGCAAAACGCGGAGAUCCCUUUAAUCCCUCAACUACACUCGAAGUUCAGUUCUUGAGAAACCUCAUUGAAGAGUUCCUUGAGAUACUUGAUUCGAAGGUUUUACCCCCCGAUCCUAGUAUGAAUGAAGAUGAUCAACUUGCUGGUGCUAUGCGUGUUGAUGAUGCUUGUGUUUUGUACUGUGAGAGGUUUAUGGAAUUUCUUAUUGACCUCUUGAGCCAACUACCAACAAGGAGGUACUUGAGGCCACUUGUUGCUGAUGUUGCUGUAGUUGCCAAAUGCCACUUGAGUGCUCUGUAUAGACACGAGAAGGGGAAACUCUUUGCACAGUUGGUCGACUUACUGCAGUUUUAUGAAGGAUUUGAGAUUAAUGAUCAUGUUGGGACACAACUGACGGAUGAUGAGGUGCUUCAAUCUCAUUAUGAAUGCGUCCAAUCUUUCCAGCUACUUGCAUUUAAAAAGGUUCCUAAGUUGCAAGAGCUUGCAUUGGCUAACAUUGGUUCGAUUGAUAAGCGCAAUGAUCUGUCAAAGAAAUUGUCCUUCUUCCUCCGGGAAUUGAAGAAUUUGGUUUGUUCAAAGCUGAAGCUGGUUUCAGGGGAUGACCCUUGGUCCAAUAGGGUUGAUUUCCUUAUUGAAGUCAUGGUUUCAUUUUUUGAAAAGCAACAGUCUCAAAAGGAAAAAAUAAAUGCCCUUCCUCUGUACCCAAAUGAACUUAUUAUGUGGGACGAAAGCCUUGUGCCAAGUAUCAAUUACUCUGGAGAAGGUUGUCUGGCCCUUCCAAAACUGAACUUGCAAUUUUUAACAUUAAUAAAGAAGGAUAUUCAGGAAGUUGUUCCACAUCUUCAUGCGUACAUUAAUAAAGAAGGAGAAACAGCUUUUCGUGGUUGGUCAAGGAUGGCAGUGCCGAUCAAAGAGUUUAAGAUCAGUGAGGUAAAACAGCCAAAUAUUGGAGAAGUCAAGCCAGCUGCUGUUACAGCAGAAGUUACUUUUAGCAUUUCUAGUUAUAGAGGACAAAUGAGAUCAGAAUGGAAUGCUCUUAAAGAGCAUGAUGUCCUGUUUUUAGUUUCUAUUCGCCCAUCCUUUGAGCCUCUAAGUACAGAAGAGGAUGGCAAGGCGAGUGUGCCACAGAGGCUUGGUCUUCAAUAUGUACGAGGUUGUGAAAUCAUCGAGAUUCGUGAUGAAGAGGGAACUCUAAUGAACGAUUAUACUGGAAGAAUUAAACGUGAUGAGUGGAAGCCUCCAAAAGGAGAACUGAGAACUGUGACUGUUGCUUUAGAUACAGCACAAUACCACAUGGAUGUCAGCAACAUUGCCGCAAAAGGCGCAGAAGAUGUUUAUGGGACAUUCAAUAUACUGAUGAGGAGAAAGCCUAAGGAAAAUAACUUUAAAGCAAUUUUGGAAUCCAUUAGAGAUCUUAUGAAUGAAUAUUGUAUUGUUCCUGACUGGUUGCACAACAUUUUUCUGGGGUAUGGUAAUCCUUCUGCUGCACAAUGGACUAAUAUGCCGGAUCUUUUGGAAACUGUAGAUUUUAAAGAUACUUUCCUGGAUGCAGACCAUUUGAAAGAAUGUUUUCCAGAUGAUCAGGUUUGUUUUACUAGUCCAGAUGGCACAGAAAACUUGGAUCCAAGGCCCCCUUUUCGAAUAAAGCUUCCCAAGAUGAUCAGAAGCAGCACCAAUGCUCUUCCAGGGAAUAAGAAAUCUAGUAUUGUUUCUAUGAGUGAUGUCCCCAUGGAGAAUUCCGAUAGUGAGAAAGAAAAAAUUGCUGUUGAAGCAUACACACCUCCUGACCCAGGUCCGUAUCCCCAAGAUCAACCAAGGAAGAACACCGUUAAAUUUACACCCACUCAGGUUGGAGCAAUCAUCUCAGGUAUUCAGCCAGGACUAACAAUGGUCGUGGGUCCACCUGGUACUGGAAAAACUGAUACAGCUGUCCAAAUUCUGAACGUUCUCUAUCAUAAUUGUUCGUCUCAGAGAACAUUGAUAAUUACUCAUUCGAACCAGGCUCUAAAUGACCUUUUUGAGAAGAUUAUGCAGAGGGAUGUUCCUGCACGCUAUCUUCUUCGACUUGGGCAAGGAGAGCAAGAGCUAGCAACUGAUCUGGACUUCAGCCGACAAGGCCGUGUCAAUGCCAUGCUUGUGCGGCGCUUAGAGUUGCUAAGUGAAGUGGAGAGGCUGGCUAGAUCACUCCAGUUGCCUGAGGAUGUAGGUUAUACAUGUGAAACUGCUUGGUACUUUUGGUUGCUUCAUGUAUAUUCGCAUUGGGAGCAAUUCCUCGCUGCUUGUAAGGAGAAUAAAGAUAAAACAUCAUUUGUUAAAGAUUGUUUUCCCUUCAAGGAGUUCUUCUCCAACGCACCGAAACCAGUCUUUACUGGUGAGUCAUUUGAGAAAGAUAUGCGGGCAGCUAAGGGUUGCUUCCGUCAUCUGAAGACCAUGUUUCAAGAGCUUGAAGAGUGUAGGGCAUUUGAGUUACUGAAGUCUACUGCUGAUCGUGCAAAUUACCUGAUGACCAAGCAGGCAAAGAUAGUUGCCAUGACAUGCACUCAUGCAGCUCUAAAGAGAAAGGACUUCCUUGAGUUAGGUUUCAAGUAUGACAACUUGCUCAUGGAAGAAAGUGCUCAAAUUUUGGAGAUUGAAACUUUCAUACCAAUGUUGGUCCAAAGGCAGGAAGAUGGUUAUGCUCGGCUAAAACGCUGCAUCCUGAUUGGUGAUCAUCACCAGUUGCCUCCUGUUGUUAAGAAUAUAGCAUUCCAAAAAUACAGCCACAUGGAUCAGAGUCUCUUUACGAGGUUUGUCCGUUUGGGCAUUCCUUAUAUUGAACUCAAUGCCCAGGGUAGAGCCAGGCCAAGUAUAGCCAAACUGUACAACUGGAGGUACAGAGAUCUGGGUGACCUUCCAUAUGUAAAGGAGGGUGCCAUAUUCCAUAGAGCAAAUUCUGGAUUCUCCUAUGAAUAUCAGUUGGUGGAUGUGCCAGAUUACCAUGGCAGAGGUGAGUCUACACCUUCACCUUAUUUCUUCCAAAAUGUGGGGGAAGCAGAAUAUGUGGUCAGUGUCUAUAUCUAUAUGCGUCUACUUGGGUACCCUGCAAGCAAAAUCUCCAUAUUGACCACUUACAAUGGCCAGAAGCUUUUAAUCCGCGAUGUUAUCAACAGACGAUGUGCUCCUUAUGACUUCAUAGGCCCUCCCAGCAAGGUUACAACAGUUGAUAAAUUUCAAGGCCAGCAAAAUGAUUUUAUACUGCUAUCUCUUGUGCGUACUCGCAUUGUGGGUCACCUUCGUGAUGUUAGAAGAUUGAUUGUUGCAAUGUCUCGUGCCCGACUGGGUCUUUAUGUGUUUUGCCGUCGUUCUUUGUUUGAACAAUGCUACGAACUUCAGCCUACAUUUCAACGUCUACUUCAGAGACCUGACCACCUUGCUCUUAAUUUGAAUGAAAUUACAUCAAACACUAAGCGUCACGUUGAUGAAACUGGUCCUAUUCAUCUUGUCAGCAGUGUUGAUGAGAUGAUUGGUAUCUACCAGCAGCUUUAUGAGGUAAAGUUCCAUCAGUACAUGCCUUAUUCAGGUCGAGUCGAUGAAAUCCUUCCGAUGGAUACAGAUGGGCACCAUCCCAUGAAUACCGAUAUAGCUGUAACUUCUGAUGGGGCACCAGCAGAUAAUGGCCAGCAUGGAAGCAAUAUGGAAGAAGACACUAAAGGUGAUGUCGUUGCCAAUGGGCAGAACAAAGAAUUUUUUUUUUUGAGAAGAAACAAUUUUAUUAAAGAAUAGUGAAAAACAUAGAAGUGGAUAAGAAGUCCACCAACAAAUUAGAAAGGAAAAUCCCAAUAGGAUUUGGCUACAGUAGCCAAUUCUAGACUUAGCUCACUUAACUGCUGCUAACAAAUCCCACAGUAUUUGAGAUAGAGAGCAAUUAUUAAACUCUUUAGUAACCGAAGCCCAAAAAGAUGCCCAAUAUUUUACUCUCCCCCAAAGUACUUUUGCCCCCACUCCAGUAUAGUCUUCAAAAAUCCUUCUGUUGCGUUCCAGCCAUAUAUUCCAAAAAAUUGCCGAUACCAGGCAACCCCACAAAGCUUUGGAUUUUUUCCAUUUUCCAAGUGCCUUAAAAUUGGUGCUUAGUAGCUCAAAACACCUUUUAGGAAUGACCCAACUUACUUUAACCUCCUGAAAUAGUUUCCACCAUAGUUGGAUCGAGUAGGAGCAAUGAAGAAAGAUGUGAUUUACACUCUCCUCCUUAGCUUUACAUAAACUACACCAAUGUGGGGAUAAACACAUCAGAGGGUUUCUCCUUUGAAUUUUGUCGCAAGUGUUGAGGCUCCCAGUGGCCACAAGCCAUACAAGUAUUUUAACCUUCGGAGGAGCUUUUGAUUUCCAAAUCUGAGAGUAGGGUGGAUAAUAGUGCACAAUCCCAUUGUUGCUCAGUAAUGAACGAUAGGAUUUGCAUGUGAACAAACCUGAAGCUUCUAGGUUCCACCUUCUGUUAUCCAUUUUUGAUGGAGACAAGCGAACCACUUCCACUUUCUGUAAUAAGCUGGCUGCCUCUUCUAUCUCCAUCUCAUUCAAAUUUCUCCUAAAAUCAAAGUUCCAACUCAAGGAACUUGACGAAGCUUCCACAAAGCUAGAAAUGUUAUGAUUAUGCUUCCUCGAUAAUAAGAAUAAUCUGGGGAAUUGCUCCUUCAACGGUCCUCCUGCUAACCACCCAUCCUCCCAAAACCUCACCCUCUCUCCAUUGCCCACCUCAAACUUGCAGCAUCCAAGAAACUGAUGAGCACCACUCGAAAUGUCUUUCCAUGGGCUACGACUUGAAACCCUCCUUGGAGGAAGUGCAUUCCAUCCAUUCACUUGUAGCCCAUACUUGCUUCUUAUCACCUUGUGCCAUAGGGAAUGAGACUCCCUUGGGAAUCUCCACAACCACUUAGCCAAUAGUGCUUCGUUCUGAUUCCUCAAAUUCCCCACCCCUAGACCUCCUUCCUCCUUGUUUUUAGUAACUAACUCCCAUUUGACCAAAUGGGAUUUCUUACCUUCCUCCACGCCUUCCCAGAGAAACCCUUUCAUUAAUUUUUCUAGACGUCUUCUUACCCCGCCAGGAAUUUUGAACAAUGACAUAUAGUAAAUCGGCAAGCUUCCCAAGACUGAUUGAAUUAGAGUUAAUCUACCUCCUCUGGAUAGGAAAUGCUAGCUAUUCGAAAACCAUUCAAAUGGGGAGACAGAUGUUAAUGCUAGCUCGAAUGACAUAAAUGUGCCACCUGAAAGCAAUUCUGAUGAAACAGAAACGGAAGAGUAGUGCUCAACAGUGGUUCGAUUUGGAUUUUCUUUGUGUAAUUUUCAAAUCUGCGAUUCGUUGUAUGUUUUCUGUACAGUGCGAAAUGUACGCAGAAACCAUUUGGAACUUUACAUGUUUUUGGCUGACCCUUUUUGAAGUAGGUGAAAUCCUUCUGUAGCACCGUCACACCUGUAACCUCGAUGAACUUACAAUCUAUUAGCAUGCAAAUGAAUGAAGAUGUAAUGUUCCGAGAUGAACGUCGUUAGUUGCUUGAUUAACGGUUUGCGUUUUA